GCGUCACUACGCUCAUGUGAUUUGUGGGCGUGACAUCACGGUCUCAUCUCGCGAGACUCUGACGAUACGCUGGGUGAGCUGGCCUGAAGGGGGUCCAGGAGCUGGAGAUUUAAACGACGUUGCGGGACUUUUAAAUAGCGAUCCGGGACUGCGGGCUUUGUUAUGAAAAGCGGGACUGUCGGGCGGUAUGACGUUAUAAGAUACAAAAUGCAGGAAGGGUCAGAAGAUCAUAACCACCGGAGGACUUUUUGAGUCCUGUCGUGUCUUUUCUGAGUAUUAGUCUGCCAUCGGGCCCUGUGAUGGCGCAGAGCAGUCCGCAGCUCGACAUACAGGUAUUAAAUGAUCUUCAGCAACGCUUCCCUGAGAUUCCACGGGAUGUGGUUUCUCAGUGCAUGCUGCAGAACAACAGCAAUCUUGAUGCUUGUUAUAGAGCUCUUACACAAGAGAGUUGCAAAUACCUGUAUAUGGAUUAUCACAAUUUGGAUGAAACACGAAUGAACAGUAAUCUUUUGCACAUCAACCUUGGCAUUCAUCCAAGUAGCACAUAUCAUACAGGAGAUGGGGCACAGGUUAAUGGGCGUCCACUGGUUCACAGUUCCAGUGAUGGUCACAUUGAUCCACAGCGCUCUCCAGGCAAGCUUUUGUGUCUUGUUCCAGAACCCCAAUCUGCUCCAGCAGUUGUGGCACAAAAUUACAACCAAUUCUUCUUGAAUGACCAGAAUCGAAAUUCACCAACACCCCCUCCACAGCCCGUUCAGCAGCCAGGUGUCGGCACGUCUGCUAUGCAAGCUUCUCUGCCUACAUAUAUGCAUGUACCUCGUUAUAGUGCAAAUCCUAUAACUGUAACAGUAUCGCCUUCAGGCCACAAUGUUCCCAGAGCUUUACAGAUAGUUCCUCAAGUUCAGAACAAUCCUUAUGGAACACCUAUUUACAUAAGACAUCCAUCACAGAAUUCUCCAGGCAGGCAAACCCAACAGAACACCGCAUGGCCUCCUUCACCACAGGCUGUUCUUCCCCAUUAUAAUCCAUGUCCUCCUUAUCCUCAAAGUUUUCAACCUACACAGUAUUCUCCAAAACAGCCUCAGAUUCCACAGUCUGCGUUUCGAUCCCCGCCAACUUCACAAUGCACUUCUCCCUAUAGUUCUCCUCAACAUCAAGUGCAGACCAACCAACUGAGCCACCAAACUUCGCAUGUGUUUUUGCCACCCAGCCCAUCAACAGUGUCACCUCAUCUAUACCAGCAGGCACCUCCUCCCUAUCCUAAGCAAAGUUCUCUUGGGUAUCUUCCCUAUGGACCUGGUCUGAACAAGGGACCUAUGAACAAGAUAGAAAUCACAGUUGAAUCACAACAAAGACCUGGACCCACCUUGAAUAGAAGUCCGUCACCAAUAAAUAACCAGUCUGCCCAAAGAAGCCAACAACAUCCUGUUUAUGUAUCAAAUGCACGUUCAGGGUCACCUUCAAGGGGAAUACCUACCCAACCAAAGGCUUCAUAUAGUGGCAGCCCAUUAUUUAUUACAUAUUCACAACCACCUACAACCACUGGGUCUCCUACCCCUUCUUCACGUGUUGUGAUGUCUCCGUCUAAUCCGACCGUGUUUAAAAUCACCGUUGGACGUGCCCCAACUGAAAAUCUAUUAAAUAUAGUGGACCAAGAGCAGCAUCCCAGCACACCAGAGCCUAUACAGCCCAUUUCCUUAUUGCCAGUUUCGGGUGGAGACAAAGGAAUCCAUAAAUAUCACAGAAGUUCCAGCUCUGGGUCAGAUGAUUAUGCAUAUACCCAAGCCUUAUUACUGCAUCAGAGGGCAAGAAUGGAGCGGUUGGCUAAAGAGCUGAAACAUGAAAAAGAGGAGCUGGAAAGACUGAAAGCAGAAGUGAAUGGCAUGGAGCAUGAUCUAAUGCAGCGCCGCCUCCGGAGAGUGAGCUGUACAACAGCAAUUCCAACUCCAGAAGAAAUGACCAGACUGAGAGGUCUAAACAGGCAACUUCAAAUAAAUGUUGACUGUACACAGAAAGAAAUUGAUCUGCUUCAGUCCCGAGGAAUGGCAAAGCUUGAUGUAAAAGCAAUGAGUAACUUUUAUGACAACUUGUCACCUGGUCCUGCUGUUCCACCUAAUACUUGUAAAAAGGAGUCGUCCGAAACCACUUCAGGAGAGAGAAAAGCCAGACGAAUAAGUGUAACCUCCAAAAUUAAAUCUGAUCCUCCUGAUUUACAGGCUCCCAGUAGUUUGGAUAUUGGUCCCUGGCAGAGGGCCAGCCCAAGACCAGGAAGAGAUGAAGAUUUUGAAGGGUCUCCCUGGAACUGCAAUAGCUGUACUUUCCUCAAUCACCCAGCACUAAACCGCUGUGAACAGUGCGAGAUGCCACGAUUCACAUGACUUCACUGUAAAAGCCUUCAUUUUGCUUGAAGUUUUUAUACAGAUUCUAUCUAGCAUGCAAGUAAGGUACCUUACUUAAGUCAGAUGGAUCAACAAGCUGAGGCCAGAUCCAGAGAAGGACUAGGAAUAUUGGUUAUAAAACCAAUAAUGGAAGAACUGUGCUGAUGAUGUGGCAGAAUGCUCUCUACAAUCUUGUCCAUGAAUGAUGGAGGUCUCAAGAUGCUGGUCAUUUGUUCCUCCAGAAGACAGAAGAUACGCCAAGAUUGUAUAGAGGCAAAUGAAGUGAUGUUGCUGACCAAUUAUCUGGACAUAUUGGAAAAACACAGGAGAAAUGGACUAAAAUGCUCUAUUCUGCUUCUUGUAAGCAUCCUACUGAAUGAAGACUUUAGUUGUGGAACUGGUGUUGUAGUAUAACACAAAUUUAUGAAGCCUACUUAAAAAAAAAACAAAAAAAAAUGAAUUGCUGCUUUAUUCAGGGUAAUUGUGUCCAUAUGAAAUGAGAAAUGCUGUUAUUAAAAGAAUUGCGGGUGUGAAAUUGAGGUUUUAGCCAUACCUUUCUAGAACAUAUUAUAAAAGUGAUAAUGCUGUCCCUUUGGUUUACGCUGCGUCUAGCAAGCUGUGUCAUGAAACUACUGGUUAUGUUAACAAUCUUACUAUAAAAAGCUGAAAAUGGAGAUACUGCUGCAUGUACUUAUCCUUUCUUCCCACCAUAUUCAAGUUAUAGCCAAAAUCUUUGUAGGCACCUAAGACACAAUCUUUAUGUAUGAUUGCUCAGGAGGAGCAUAGGGCAAAGUUGCCCAACACUGAUGUACUGGUAUUUGGAAUAUACACACUAAUAACAUGUUAUUCAUGCGUAGAUAGCUAGAUAUAUAUAUAUAUUCACCAUACAUGCAUAGAUACGCAUUCUGUGUGUGAGCUUCCCAUUCUGUGAAUCAUGCUUGAUGUUUACAGCACAGAAGGUACUUUGUGCCCCUACAGACCCACUUGACAUAAUAUCUACAAGAGCUGAAGAUCCAGUCUAAGAUUCAAUAUAGCUGUGUUAUUUGCACAUUGUUAAUACGCCUGCUUAUACAAAUGAAGGCAAGAAAAUAGAAAUUUUGCGCACUGCAUUUUUUAAAGAAUUGUUUUUAAUUUUUCUUUUUUUUUUAGCAAAAAAAAAAACAAAUCGAAACGCAUAUAUUGUUUUGAAAUCAUGUUGGUACUUCUAAUGCAUCGAAAUUCCUUUAUUGUGAAGGUGAUUGGUUUGCAUCCUGCAAGUUGCUGACGUAAUAAAGCAUCCGAUUGUUUUGUGAAACGGAGAACUCCAUUAUUCUGUAGCUGAAAUCUGUAGAAAACAGUGGGAGGAGGGUUGAUUAAACUUGUAUUAUUGUGCUUGAAGUAGAGUCCUGCGCAGGUCCAUUUUUUGAACCCAUACCUGCAAUCCACAGCCCAGACCCGCAACCCACAUUCUUACCUGCUUGGACUCGCCACCCGACCCAACCCGCAAGUACCUUAGCCGUAACCCAGACCCGCGACCCGCUGACCAUAAAGAUUCAGGAAGUGCUGUCAUUGUAAACCGGAUGUGACAUCGUUGGAAGUAGGCGUGAUCAGAAAAAAGGAGUAAACCAGGAAGUGCUGUCAUUGUAAACCGGAAGUGACAUCAUCAAAAGUAGGCGUGGUCAGAAAAAAGGAGUAAAAAUCACUAUUGAGAAGACACGCAGGCCAACCCGCAGAAACGCUGACCCGCAUCUAUACCUGCACCCGGAACUUCUUGAAGGCUACAGAGCCAAGGAGAUCAUUUUACAUGUGUGAGACCAGAAGAAGCUUAAUAGUGAAUGAUAUGGGUUACAGGACCAGGAAUAAGCAUAGGGUACAUAUUAAGAGCCAUUUGCAAUAGUGUGUAUUUGUGCUUUUCCCAUUGUGUACUGUGGACAAUGAACCAAAAAGAUCACUUUCCAUUUAGCAAAAUUCUCUUUGGACACUUUAGUAUACCAGGAUUAUUCAAUACAGAAGAAUCGGAGUGCACACUUGUGAAAAACCAAUGUGUCCCAGUUUCCCAGCUGGGAUCUUGCUGUGAAUGUGCAUUUUUUUUCUUUCUGUUUCUGCUUCUUAUCUAUUUGUAAGCACUGAAUCAAUCUCUGCUCUUGUCAACCUUUACAUAUAUGUAGUUUCAGAUUAAAAAAGUUACAGUAAGGUAACACUUUUCCGUGUAGCGCUUUUAGACUAUCUACAAAUUACACAAAAUACAUGAAGUGCUAGUGCUAUGCAAAUCAUGAAAGUGCAAUAUCAUACCAUUAAACAAUAAUGAAAGUGG